ACUCGGCUGUUUCCACGAUUACAUCUAUUCAAAACAUCAUCUCGAGACACAUAUAUUAAAAGUAUUAGCAACCUCAAAAUGACAAUAUCCAUCACUCCGCAGAGCCAACUGCCCCAGUUAGAUGGCGGUGUUUCGCCUCAGCUUGUUUUCGAGUCUUUCGAAUUGCCGCCCUCGAACCAACGCACACUGGGUGCGCCUCAUCCUACCAAUACCGUAACUCCUCUUGCACUUCGACCUUCCGCCCACGAUGAUGUACAGCCAGCUCUUGAAACAGUCAUCACGUCCAUCAAAACUCUUCAAGCACAGGACGGAAUUCUCACUCAACAGCUGAGUCAACAUGGCACCUUAUUAUUCCGCGGCCUGCCUAUUCAUUCCGCAGAUGACUUCAGCCAAUUCGCCCAUGCUUUCGGGUACUCCCCCCACGAGAUCAUUGGGAUCGUGGUUGAUCGUCCACUUCUGGCUCCUAAUGUGGCUCCGGCCAACGAGGCACCCAAAGAAGUAUUGAUUUACAACCACAACGAAUCUCCACAAGUUCCUCAUGCACCAGAAUAUAUCUUCUUUUACUGCCAUUCUGCACCGCAGGUUGGUGGUGAAACGCCAAUCUCAUCUUCGCUCGAACUUUUCGCGCGCGCCAAAACUGAGAUCCCUGAAUUCAUUGAAGAGCUGGCGACCAAAGGCAUCAAGAGCAGAGUGACAUAUAAAGUUGAGAAGCAAUAUGAUGGAGGUUCCACCCUGAAGCAAGCCUUCGGGAAAACAAUCGAAGAUGGUGACGAAGAGAAGACAAGAAGGCAGAAGGUGGAAGAGCAGAUUAUACGAUAUGGAAGGGGAGAGCAUACAACGUGGGAAUGGCAGGAUAACGGGGAGACAUUGAUCUUAACACAUCAUCUGCCGGCCAUUCGAACACACCCUGCGACGAAUCUUCCCACACUGUUCACUGGUCUUGCGGCCUAUUACAAGAACUUUAUCGAUCCCAGGAGUUCAAAUAGCGGAAGGAGAAACAUCACACAGCAGUUAUAUGGUGAUGGCUCACCCAUCCCGAACGAGUAUCUGAAGAAGUUGGCAGAGAUCACUGAUAAGAUUAGAGUCCUACAUAAGUGGCAGCAGGGGGACGUACUAGUUUAUGAUAAUGUAAUCAGUCAGCAUGGACGACAACCUUGGGGAGGAAAGCAAGAUGAUAGAGUAGUGUUGGCCAGUCUGUGGGAUGGGCCGACGCCCGGAAGAUACGAAGGCAGCCACGAGAGUUGGGCGCAGGUUGUGCAGGCUGCCGAAGGGUGAGAGGGUAACACGCGACAUUGUUCUUUUAUUUCUUUGUUCACCUUUGCUUUAUUCAUGAUACAUUCUCCAACCCACGAGAAUCAAGCUCACCAUGAAUCACCCUGAAUAACCCCGUAUAUCUGAUGUACUUUCAGUAAUCCGACUCGUCAUCAAGUCGUAGCGUCAUUCACUCGUCCAGCUUAGCCCAUUCAAAUGCAUCUGAAGCUCUCGAAACGCGAAGAAAUUUAAUGAGACUCUGACACAUAUAUGUGCAAAAGAGGGUAUCCUCUCAUCGCAUGAUUCGACUUGGCAUGAUAUAAGAGAAAAUCUGAAGGCAAUGUGUAAUAUACGCACAUCACGUGUACAAGUGUACAGUUCGUGGAUGUGAAGAUGGAUGUGGUAUCUAACUUGAACCAUUGAUAAUUCGAAGAGUAGUCGCCGACAGCGAAAUACGGUACACCAUCUUAGUCGUGCCGAAUUCUCCAGAUUCUGCGACGAACUACUAAUCAACGCUACAUAUGUAGGUAUGAAGCACGAGCACUUGAGCAUUACACGAUAAUUGCAAUGCCGCAUCAAACUACACGUGCGCUAUGCAUUGUGCUGAUUCUUUACAGUAGCUUCCUGCCAGACCAAGUCGAGCACCUGUUAGGAUAUGUAGUACCUGAACAUUCAACUAUUCCCACGUUGCAUGUUGCAUGCAUUUCGAUGCGCAUCACUAUGACAGCGGCACAUGUGAGAGCAAGAUCGAAAGACCUUCGAAUUCGGCAUUGCGGAUCCUUUUUUUGUUUCAAUCGUCCCGUCCGUUAAUGACACAUCCUCAUAGACAUCCAAAGGAUUGGCUAGAUAUGCUGUGCUUAUUCACUUUCCGCGGAUACGAACCUCGACUAUGACCUCAUUCUCACCAUGUGCAUGCAGAUCACCUCGCUUAUCGAUACGACCUAGUGCCGAUCUUCGAGAACCCCAUCCGAAUUGCACGCCUAACCAUACCUCCAUCCCAACCAUCACCGAUUUUGUGUCGCUGAGCAUUGCAUUCGUGUGGCUAGCCGAUGGUUUCGUGGCGCUAGCAUUC